UUUCCAAAGAGAAGCUACUCUUGGUAUGGCUUCAAUAGAAAGUGAAACACUGGAAUAAUAGUCAGUUUCAAGACCCAUCACCGUAACAGUGGUGUCCACUUGACUGAUUCUGACAGAAUGACCAGCAAGAAAAUGCUUGCUGUUUAUCGGAUGACACAGAUAUAAGCCAACAAACUCCAUUUGUGGGGGGAUAAUAGUAGAAUGAGUAAAAGACAGCAUCAGCACAGUCGCUUGAGCGCUCCCACUCUGAGCAGUCUGCCCAGAGCCCCUCAGAGCCCCAGCACCAGCGUCAUGAACAGUGUCUGCGGAGCUGUGAUCAAAGUGUUUCAGGGAGAAGCAUUGCAGACCAAUGAGCUUCAUGCUUUAAUGGAGAAUAUAAGGUGGCUCCUAAAGACUGAAAUGGGCUCGUUCAUCACUGAAUAUUUCCAGAACCAGCUCAUUAACAAAGGUUUGGCAUAUAUAGCUGCCAAGCUUCAAGGAUGUGAAGGUGACAGAAUGCUCCUUGUCCUGUCUGAAACAUGGGAGCAAUUUUUCACAGAGAUCCUUCCAACAUUGCAAGCCAUUUUCUCUCCACUGCAGGGCCAGGAACUGACAGUCAGGGAAAUGGCUCUCCUCAGUUUCAGAGAUCUUGUGCUGAUGAAGCUCCCACUGCACGAGCUGCUGCCACAGGCCCCAAUCCUACCUCUAGCUGCCAUAAUGCAAAUGCUCCUUGUGUUGCAGGGUGUUCAUGAGCCCAGAGGCCUGAGUUUGCACUACUGCAAGCUGGAAAACCUAAUUGAGAUGGUGAUUACUCCCUACCUAAAGAACUGCCUUCACAAGAAUCACACCACCAGCUGUACAAGGAGCGCGAGGCACUCACGAGUAGCAGCACCCCUGGGCCCUCCAGAGAUCCAGAUCACACAGUACCUCUCAGACAGCUCCCUGCUGGACCCUCUGCUGGAGCAGGAGGGGGAGGUCUACCUGGAGCGGAUGGGCACCAUGUGGCGCCACACGGUGGCCAACGCUCACUCUGACGCCCAGCUGCUCACAGUGCCUGGAGCGGGCAGCUGUGUUGCUGGAGAACCGCAUCUCACAGUGGCAGAGCGGGCCCCUUCCCGCAUGAGCAACACUUUUUAAACGUCGACCCAGGACUUUCCAAAGGCUGUGUAGCCAAAAGAAUUCUCUUUCUGUGACCUACGAACAGGACUAUUUCAAAACACCAGACAGUGGAAAAAACAUCGAAUUUAUUAUUAACUCAGCGUUAGUAAACAGUGACACUCAAAGCAUAAUUCCAGUGUAGGCACAGUGUCGUGAUUUCUUUUCUGCAAGAUAAACCCUGAAAUUCAAGUUGUUGAAAAUAAAGGCAAAGACAAACAUA